UGAUGACCUCAGUCCGGUGAGAAGCUGACAAACUCUGUAAUAUCCAAUUUGAAAGAGUGAAUCUGUGCUGUAAAUCUUCAAAAUGGAUAAGCGGAAGAAAGGAUCUCCCACAGAAUUAAGGCUUAUGGUGGUCAGUAGCUGUGGACCUUCGCAGUUCCUACUAACAAACCACAUUCUUGGGAGGGAGGCCUUUUCUCAGGAUAUCACCAACAUUUCUGAAUGCACAAAGAAUACUGGAGUGCUGUCCGGUAGACGAGUGGCUGUAAUCAAUGCACCAAAUAUCUAUGACAAGGGUAUAUCUCAAGUCAAGAGGGAGAUGGAGCAGAGAAAGUCUAAGUGCUUGUGUUCUCCUGGUCCACAUGCCUUUCUUGUAACGUUUGACUUGGAAAAAAUCUCAAAGAAUGAAAUGAAAACCCCUAAAAUGAUGAUGGAGCGGUAUGGACGACACUGUCUAAGGCACUGCAUUGUCCUCCUGGCCUACGGAGGAAACCUGGAGCUACCUGCCCUUGAAGACAGGGUGCAGAAGACCGACUCUCUGAGAGAUUUGAUCGAGCAGUAUGGCGGACGCUUUCACAUUUUCAGCAAGAACUGGAUGGAUCGACGCUCGGACAGAGAGCUGCUAAAGAGGAUAGAGAGGAUGGUGGCAUCCCUAGGAGGGGCAUUCUUCUCCAGCCGAACUUUCCAGAAGGCAGAGGAAUAUGUUAAGAAGGAGGAAAAGAGGCUGAAGAAGCAGAGGGAAGGGGAGAUAGAAAAGGCAUGGGUUGAGAUGGAGAAGCAAUACAUAGCAGAGGAGCUGUACCACCAGAAGGAUUCCUACAUCACUAAUGUGGGCGCAGAGAUCAGAGCCAUGGCAGAGAUGGACAACGGAUGGCUCAGAACCUCCCUGGCUAGAGGACUUGGGACAGGUUUGGUUGUGGGAGCUGUCAUGGGUGCACUGUUCGGGUCCAUAGAGGGACCGGGAGGGAUGGUUCUUUAUGGGAUCAUAGGUGGUGCAGUGGGUGGAUCGGCUGGAGGAACAGCCCAGGUGGCUGUAGAGCACAUGGAGGACAGAGUCGCUCCUCCUGCCAGACUCAACUUUAACUCAAUCUUCAUCAAUCGCUUCUUUGCAAAUACUCGUCCCUGUUAGCGUGCAGUAGUGGGAGACCAAAUAUGAGUUUUACUUGCUUGUAAAAUACUUGAGAAUUAUUAUUUUGUUCAACUUUGACCUUAUACCCCAUAACAUUUGAGAGGUAAAUCUAAUACAUUGUACUCCACUGCAUAGGUCUCAUAGAUUUGCUUACAUUUCAAUAGCAAUUUCUCAUCUGAGACAAGUAAACUAUUAGAACAAUUAUAUGUUAAGAUACUUGGUUCCCACACAACAAUGAUAGCAUAAACAUAUACUGUAAGCUCUAGAUAAAACACUUAACUUGUAUGUAAAGUAUUUCAGAUUAGAUCAACUUUAAACAUCUACAACAAUAAAAAGCAUAUAUACAUAUAUACAUCAGCAAUAGGCAAAACAUCAGAGUAAAACACUGACUGCAUAAUGAAUACUUAAGCUUUAAGUAAAUGUAGCUACUUAGAUACUUAGGGUGCAGGACUUUUGCUUAAGAGAGGAUUUGGAUACUUUUUAAAAACACUAUUAGGACCUGUUUUUCAGGACUAACGAGAAAAUGAAAUUCAAUAUAUAGCUUUAAUGUUGAGUUGAUACUAAAGUAAGGAAAUGUACAACUCGCUUCUGGUUGAAACUGAAACAUGUCUUAUAAGCAGCUAAAGGGAAAAAUAAACAUUGCAAACAUUACAAACAUUGACUAUAAUGGCUGAUUAAAACAGUAAAUGUGUAUUUUAUUUGUUACAGCACACAUGAGAGUGUAUUGUUUGGUAUGGCCACAUGACAUUGGACAACCUCCAACAUUUCCUGGUCUCUCGCUGUAGGUUAGUUGAAGAGAAGCUCAGAUAAU